AUGGAAGAUUUGGAAUUCAGUGUCGCUAAAACCCAGUUUAUGACUCUAAAUAAUCCUCGUUCUGAUGAUCAACCUAUCAGCAUAAAUGGUCAAGUAAUUACCAAAUGUGAAGAGUAUAAAUACCUGGGUAACAUCUUACACAGUUCAGGAGACCUAGAGCACAAUAUCCAUCAAAGUAUAGCAGCUGCAUGGCUCAAAUUGCGGGAGAUAAUGGGUGUAACAUGUGAUAAGAAAAUGGUUUAUAAUCUCCUUAAUGAUUGCCGCCCCAUUCCGCUCGAGGCGCGGAUAUGGAAAUCUUCAAAUCCAGAUUUACACAGGUACUUCUACAAACAAUGGGAGAGUUCGGAGAAACAAUCCCUGUGA